AACAUUGAUAGAGCUUUGAUUCUCCAACAUAAAUAGAAAAAACCAACAUACAAAAUCAUAUAUUGAAAUUUGCAAGCAUGGAUCAAAAGGUACAAUCAACACGUAGUCGUGUAUACAAAGAUUUGCAACCAUAUUUUGAAUGGAAUGAAGAUGAAGCAAAUGCCACACUUGUCCUAAUGUUGCCAGGAUUCACAAGGGAACAAUUGAGGGUGCAAGUGACUUCAAAUGGUGUCCUAAGGAUCAAUUGUGAAAGACAAGGCAAUGAUAACACAUGGCAUCGUUUUGGUAAAGAAUUUACAAUUCCUCAAUAUUGUGACACCAAUGAAGUGAGUGCAAAGUUUGAACGUGGAGUAUUAUCAAUCAAGUUUCCUAAGUUAAUCACCCCUAUUAAGCCACAAGAACAAGAAACUAUCACAAAUCCACCACAAGAAGCUUCAAUUCCAAAGCAACAUAGUGAUGAACCUAAGACACAAGCACAAGUGAUUGAUGAUCAACAAGAGUCACCAAAAGAAAAUAUUAGUGAUGAAAAAGAAAAUAAAAAAAUAGAAAAAAAAGAUGAAAAUAAGGUUAAGCCUAAUGAUGAGUUGUUAGAGACAAAAGAAGUAAAUAAAAGCACUAUUAAUGAUCAAGGAACACAAAAGGGCAAGAUGAUACAAAGAUUGAAAACAAGGGCUUUGGAUUUUAGUAUAAGUUUGAAAUCAGGAAAUGAUAAGGAUGUUAACCAAUUAUUAGGAUUUGGUUGUGGUGACACAAGGCCUAAGAUGGGUAUGGUGUUGGUGAAUUUGAUUGUGGCCAUUUUAUUGGUUUUGGUGAUUGGUGUAUAUGCCAAAAAUGCACUUUGGUCAUCAUCAAAAUCAUUUCAUGGAGAAUCAAAGGAAUUUUAAUCACAUAUAUGCAUGUCCAUUCUUGUAAAUGCAUAAAUAAAUUCAAUAAAGGAGCAAAACAACAAAUUUGAUUAUAUAUCUAUAUUUUAUAUCAA